AUGGGCACCUGGACGACCGGCCUCUGCGGUUGCACUGAGGACUGCGGCACGUGUUGCUGCGCGCUCUGGUGCCCGUGCGUCAUCGUCGGCCGAAACGCGGAAAUCGUAACAGAUGGCUUCACAGACUCCGGCACAGCCUGCUGUCUCUGGUACAUCAUCGAGCUUCUAGUCGGCAUGGGCUGCUUCUACUCCUGCGGCUUCCGCACGAAGCUGAGGCAGAAGUACAUGUUGCCAGCCAAGCCGUGCGGGGACUGCUGCGUGCACACCUUCUGCUUCCUGUGCGCCAUCUGCCAGGAGUACCGCGAGCUCAAGAACCGAGGCUGGGAGCCCAAGCUCGGUUAUCUGGGCAACACACGGCGCUUCAUGGCUGCGGGUAAAGUGCCACCUACAGGGCAACAGAUGGCGCGCUGA